GUCAGUGACACAUGUAGAGCAAAAGCGCAGCGGAGCGCUGAGUAGGACAGAAGAGCUGGAGAGGACGGACAGUGCGAGACGCACAGAGACACACAGAGAGAGAGAGAGCUGGAGAGGACGGACAGUGCGAGACACACAGAGACAUACAGAGACAUACAGAGAGCUGGAGAGAACGAACAGUGCGAGACACAGAGACACAGAGAGAGCUGGAGAGGACGGACAGUGCGAGACACACAGAAACAUACAGAGACGCACAGAGACACACAGAUACGCACAGAGAGCUGGAGAGGACGGACAGUGCGAGACACACAGCUUCGCGCGAAAUGAUCGAAUCUUUCCUGGAUCGCUUUUAACGACAACACGGACAUUUAAUCAACGUUAAAAGCAAGAACGCAAGAGUAAAAGGUGACGGCACCAGUGGAAAUAUAAUCUGAAAACUCCAUUCGGCUCUCUGUGUGCGCGCCGGAGCGCGCGCGUCGGCGUGCGUAAUUUUUGCACAGAAAAGCUGACUGCACAACAUUGGACUUUAAAACCGGACUUUUUCUUCCCCAGGGUUCUCCGAGAUUAUUACUAUUAGUAGUAGUAAUAUUAUUAAUAUUAGUAGUAGUAUAAAACGCACACGUCGCUGUAAUACUAUCGGAAUCCCCGCGCGCGACGGAAACAUCCGCCUUUUGUAUUUGAGAGAUUAAGAAAGCAAAGACCAUGGUGAACCCAGGAGGCAGUGCUCAGUCCGCACCAGUUGGAGGUGGUACCAUGUCGUGGAAGCGAUGUGCGGGAUGUGGAGGGAAGAUCGCUGACCGAUUUCUCCUCUACGCCAUGGACAGCUACUGGCACAGUCGCUGCCUCAAAUGCUCGUGCUGCCAAGCCCAGCUCGGAGAGAUCGGCACCUCGUGCUACACCAAGAGUGGCAUGAUCCUCUGCAGAAAUGACUACAUCAGGUUAUUUGGGAACAGCGGGGCAUGCAGUGCUUGUGGCCAGUCCAUCCCAGCCAGUGAACUGGUCAUGAGGGCACAGGGCAACGUGUAUCACCUCAAGUGUUUCACGUGUUCUACCUGCCGGAACCGGCUUGUCCCUGGAGAUCGGUUCCACUACAUCAACGGCAGCUUGUUCUGCGAACAUGAUAGACCCACAGCGCUCAUGAACGGCCACUUGAGUUCACUGCAGACGAACCCACUACUUCCUGAUCAGAAGAAGCCGUGCACCCUGGGGGCUGUGCUGAAGCGCUGCUCAAAACCGAGACAAAAAGAGACUAACUUCAUAAAACGUUCUUGUGUGUUAAAAGGGAGGAGUUGCUCAAAGCGGGAUGUGUGCCUUCAUUCCAGCCCUUGCUCAUUGUCACUGAAGAUCUCUCAGUCCUGACCUGACCGCCGCCCCACCCUCUUUUCCUAUUUCCUUCCGGAGUCGCAGUACUACCCCAGCUACCCCUUACGACAUCUCACAAUUCCUGUCUACACCCAGUCCCCCUCCUCGACCUGACCCCCGAUUGUAGGCGGAUUCCCAGCGUUGCAGCGCUUCCAAUGGAAAUUUGAGGACUCCGUGACUUAUGGGAGACCGAUCAGACCCUGUGGGACUCAAAGACAGUAAAAAGGAGAGAGAGAAAGAGAGAGGGAGGCAGAGAGAGUGAAAAGAGAACUAGAUCAAGCAGAAGGACAUUUUGGAUAAGCAAAAGAAAGAGAAAAGGAGAGUGUCAGACAAAUGAAGCUAAUCAGCUGCAGCUUUUCGAAUCGCAGUUCUUACGUUUGUUUGAUAAUUAACAGAGGCAAAACAGACUGUUUUUUUUCCUUUUUACUUCUUUUUUCCCUCUUUAAUUCCUUAUCUAUUCUCUUUUUCUUCAACACGCUAUCUACGCGUUCUAUAUUUUAAAUGUUGUAAAGGGAAUGUGUUUCGUUUUUUCGGGUGAUUCAAGAAUCUAAAAGACUGGGUUCCAAGAAGUAUCUGUGGCUUUUUUUGUGCAAAUCGAAUCAUGAACACUCUUGGUGUAUUUGUAAAACUAUCACGUAUGUAUGCAUGUAAAUGUUUUUGUCCCAACGUGGCUGCCGUACAUCCUCCACGUGACCCCGCCCCUUACCGGAACCUGAAACCAUGGCAACGAAGCUCAUAGCUGUCCACUUGUAAAUGCUGAAUGAGAGAGAAAUCUAUUUGUGAUAUUUUCAGAGACAUUGGCUCUAGUAUGGUGUAUUUAAUUAAUAAAAAACUUAAGAUUUAAAA